AUGUCUUUCUUCGGCUUCGACACCUCUUUACCGAGGGAUCGUUCAGCCAACUCCAACAAUAAUGGCAAGGGUAUCUUCGAGCAUCCUAAUCCCUUCACCGAGGUCGCAAAGGCGCGGAAACUGCAAGCCUUUCAAGAUGACGAGGAAGAGAUCCUCGAUUUCGAAGAUACCUAUGACGGCUUGGGAAAUCAGCUCCAGGAAACUGGUGACGACUUGAAUGAUGACACUUUCGGUGGAGGUGCCGAUCCAACAUCUGGCCCGGGAACUUCAAGUAAAGAAUUUGAUUUCUUUGGAAAUACUGCCCAAGUCUCAAACGCCAUUGAUGAAGAACACUUAAGAUACAACCUGCAACACAACCAGGCUUUGCCUACCCAUCUUACUCAAAAGCCAAAAAGGACGGGCUAUGAAAAGUAUCAAGAUCCUGGAUACAUUCCCGACAUUCAAGCAAAAUCAGGCGCAUGGGGAACAAAAUCUCAGCAUCCAAUUCAACCCUCCGCAGAAGAUGCUAGGUUCAGUACUGCGCGCCAGGGUGACGCCCCUGGUGUGCCUCCCCAAAGUCAGUAUGCUACACGAGCUGCCCCACCGAUGUUGAGCCUGGAUGAGGUUGAGGCUGCUCUACUUGCUCAGUCCCGAUCUCAGCAGCAGUAUCCUUAUCCACCACCUCAACCCUUUCCGUUUCCCACACAACAUACCCAACAGCCACCACCACAACAAUAUCAACCUCCGCCACCGCAACCACCACCACCUCACCAACAAGCUCCUCUUCCACAGCAAUUACGCGCGUCACAGAGUCCACAACGACAGAAUCGUGCUCCAUCCCAGCCUUCUCAAACCCGAGGCUCUCAACACCCGCUUCAAAUCCUUCAAAAUCCCAAUCGUCCACGUCAUUCUCCACAACCAAGUGUUGAUAAAACUCAGAAUGUCGGACAGUCGCAGGGUGCCAUGGCUGCUACAAAUCCUCCGAAUCUUAUGGAGCUCUCAGAGGAACAGCGAAAGGCAUACUUGGAAGAGGAUGCCAAACGAGCCAAACGGAACCAUAAGAUUUUUCUCCUUUCCAGAGGAAAUGGGUUGAUGACUCCACAAGACAAAAAUUUCAUCACUCGUAUUCAGCUACAACAGCUUGUCACGGCAACAGGAGCUUCGUCUGAUUCCACUGCCGAAACUGCCUUGAAUGAAGAUUUUUAUUAUCAGGUUUAUAGCCAGAUUCGAGGUGCCCCUAGACAGCAUCCAACUCAACCUCUGGGGCAUUUUGCACAGACCUACCUGUUCCAGACUGGAAGUCGUGUCGGUGGCAGAAGACAAAAUGUCAACGGCGACAACCACAUGCAAAGGAUGCAACAACAAGUUCAACGUGCAGUCGAGGCAGCUAAAUUGAAGCCCAAAAAUAAGCAACUCAUCAUCGAAGGAAGUUUGGGCAAAAUCUCAUUUAGCAACGCAAAAACUCCUAAGCCCCUUUUGAACCUGAAAAGGAAUGAAACUUCUGAUAGCCGACCAUCAACCGCUAAAAAGGGUAUUAACGACGUCAGCCCAAGCGAUCGCAAGACCAUCCUCAAAAACAUCGAGGAAGUUUACACGGUCUUGAUGCGCUUAGAGGACAACGAACGACGAAUGCCUCCUCCUCCUACCGAAGGUGACGCAGAUUCUGUACAGGCUCAUAUUGAGUGGAGGCAGAAAUUGAACGAGCUCAAUAAGGCACUGUGGCAAGGCUUGAAAGUCCUGGAUCCCAUACUACCAGGUUCCACAGUUGUCCAUCCUUUCAUCGCCUUCUUGUCAUUUUCCAAAGGGAAAAAGGCUAUUCCUCGAGUCUUCCAUCAGAUCGACCAAGAACAGCGAGUAACCAUCUUAACAAUCGUUGUGUUCCACCUGGAUCAAUUGGACGUAGUACGAGAAGCUCAACUUGCUCCAGGUGAAUCGCAGCCUCCUCCACAAAUUCGUGAAGAGAUUGAACUCUUCUCGCAAGCCGUUAUGCCUUGUUUGUUGGGCUACGUUAGUGAAGCACCCAUCAACAUCAUUAUCGGUCUUCUUGGUCUUUUGAUCGAUCAUGCGAACCUGGCUACUGUCGUUCAUACCAAGAUUGGCCUUGGAAUGUUGACAAUGCUUCUAAGUCGAGCGGAGUUGGUCAAAGAAAGUGGGUCGGUUUCUGAUCAAGAUUGGCAGCAAUGGACUACUUUAUACAAUCGACUCUUUGAUCACUUGGAGCCUAUAUUGGCCACAAUAUUUCCAGGACCGGUCAAUUCCGGAGACGACAUGUAUAUUUGGCAAUUUCUCGCUGCGGUCGGCAUUGGCGCCAGCCCUGAACAGCAACAGAGACUGGUCAUCGGCGUCAAAGAUCGAGUUAUGGAGACAGUGCUUCAAAGCAAAGCACUUCCCGCCGAGAUGUCUAGUGUCAGAUUGGGCAAUGUCAACUUGUUCAUGAGAGCCAUUGGUCUCGAUGUGGAGAUGCUGGGAUAA